GCCCCGUUUCCCCACCAAUUCCCCACCCCACCUCGCUCCCCCAACGUCGGCAGCCGGAGCGCCAUGGCUGAACCCAACUCGUACGAGGAGCAGCGCAGGAGGCAGGUGGAGGAGAACAAGCGGAAGCUGGAGGAGCUGUGCCUGCACCGCCUCUCCGCCGCCGUCAAGCCCAUGCCGACCAAGCAGCUGAAGUUGCGGAAGGCUGCCGCGCCACCAGCACUGACCCAGCGGUCCGGCCGCGUCGCCAGUCUUCUCAGGCAACCUGAUUACCGCAACAUCAGUAUCCUGAGCGGAACAUAUGUCAGUAAGACAUUACCACCUGAUCUAGUGUACGUGGCUGAGGAAGCGAGGGCCUACGCCUUCAGCAAGGCCAAAGAGCUCAAGAACCAGCUGUGCUCUGACCACCCCUCUUUCAUCAAGCCCAUCUCCAAUUAUGCUGCCACAAGUUCCUGGCUGAACAUCCGGUCACAGGUCAAUAAGAGGUAUCUCACGUGGAGUGAUGAGAUGGUCUUUCUGGUGGAUGAAGAGGAUGGCGAGUUUCACAUGCCUUACCAUGCGCUAAGUGGUUCCUUCGGCAAUGGAUGGAAAUGGUUCGCCAUUGGUCACAAGCUGGCUGAUGGUGAUUGCUUGGUGUUCCAUCUAGUUGAGAAGACAAAGUUCAAGGUUUACAUAAUUAGAGCAAGUUCCUAUUACGAAAAGGACCUGUUGACGCCUUUAGCUCAACCAUUGUGA